GGUCUCCUCAUCCCGGGAGGUGGCGGCGGGUCCGCGAUGGCGCCCGGGGGUGACGGCCGGGCUGUAACGGGUGCCGGAGGCGUUUCCCCGGCGAGCAGGGAGCGCCCGGUAACCGCACACAGCGGAGGCUGCGUGUGCAGAGCCGGGCAGGGCCCGUCAGUAGCUGUGGCAGCAACAACAAGCGUGUGGCGGCAGUAACAAGACAAGACAUUAGUCUAGAUGUAGUAAAUUGGAAGAAAUGGAAGAAAGGAAGAUCAAGAGGAGGAGCCCCAAAUCAUCUUCCAGUCACUCUACUCAGGUUGCUAACUCCAAGAAAAGCUCAGUGCCAGUCAGUAAAAGUACAGCCUUUUCCAACCCUGCCCCACAGCCUGCUGUGCAAAAACCAAAGUUAAAACGUGUGAUCAAAGAGAAAGCCAAACCUCCAGGAGGUGAAGCAAAAGGGGCACAGGCAGCACCAAUCCAGCAUUCUUUUCUCACAGAUGUAUCAGAUGUCCAGGAAAUGGAAAGGGGACUUCUGAGUCUCUUGAAUGAUUUCCACUCUGGCAAACUUCAAGCAUUUGGAAAUGAAUGUUCCAUUGAGCAGAUGGAGCACGUGCGGAGUAUGCAGGAGAAACUUGCUCGCCUUAAUCUGGAGCUCUAUGGGGAGAUGGAAGAACUCCCUGAAGAUAAAAGAAAACUAGCCAGUGAUUCCAACCUGGAUAGACUGCUGUCAGAUCUAGAAGAACUAAAUUCAUCUAUCCAAAAACUACAUUUAGCAGAUGCUCAAGAUAUUCCAAAUGGUACUACAGGCUGACAGAGAACAUCUUUGUCAAUCUGGUUUCUCCCAGAUUUGCUUUUGUUUUUCCAGACAAUGGAAUCAAGAAGAGUUGUGACUUUGUGUUGUUUGUUUUUAAUUUUACACAACAAAAAAUCAAAGCGCAAAUCCAGGUGUUUAUUUUGCACAUUCCUUUGGGCACUGCAUUAUGUCAGGGCACAGUACCUAGAGUUGUAGUUAAUUAUGAUGCUGUGCUUUUUAUUAUUGCCUUACUUAACAGAAAAAUUGGAGAAACUUGGAAAUAUAUUUCUUCUGCUUAGUGUUCAUAUGGUUGCAAAUGGUGUAUGUAUAUAAGUUCAUUGGCAUUUCUCCAGUUUUUGUGAAGAUAGUGAUAAUGUUGCCUUUCUGAGUAUUACAUAGACAAUCUGCUCACUUUAGUGUUUUGUUGAUUGAUGAUGCCACAGAUUAAUUUAUUGUUAAUAAAGUUUUAAACACGAUGUUUCAUUUGCA